AUGUCAUUAGCUCCUAAAAUUGACGAAGUAAGAUCGGUUGUACAAGAUGAAAAUGUGGACCUUGUUUGUGUUACUGAGACGUGGCUUCGGGAGCACAUUGAGAAUAACAUCAUCAAUAUUUCUGGAUACAAUAUCAUCCGGAGAAACAGAGUGGAAAGUCAGCAUGGAGGGGUUUGCAUUUACGUACGAAAUUCCAUCCAUUUCACCGUUUUAGACACCAUAAUGGACCAAAACUUUGAAGUUUUGUGGAUCAAACUUCGUCCUAACCAACUCCCAAGAGGCAUAUCUAGCAUCAUAAUCGGCAUUGUUUACCACCCGCAAAGUGCUAACGACCAAAUGAUGAAAACUUAUUUGUACGAUUCUCUUUCAAACAUCGAAGCWCAAUACCCUGAUAGUGGAAUUAUCGUCUUGGGUGAUUUUAACCAACUAAACAUCGCUCGACUCAAGUACAGCUUUUCUGUAAAACAGAUUGUUCCAUUCCCCACGCGAGGAAAAAACAAGUUGGAUCUCAUCCUUACUAAUCUCAGUUUACUGUAUGACACUCCGAUGAAGUUCCCUUUUUUGGCCUAUCAGACCAUGAUAGCGUCGUCGUUCAACCACUUCUCCGUCAAGAAAUCUCAAAGUGUAAAAUAUCUGUUAAGUUCAGAGAUCUUAGACCAACCAAACGACUGGCGAUGA